AUGGCGUUCUCGGUUGCAUCAUCAUAUGAUAAGCUUCGAUUACUCCUUGAUGAUACCUCAAAUGAUGCUUUACCCGCACCCAAUGCCAUCGCUGUAGCUACUCGGUCCCUCGCCACAAGUCUCCCCGCGGUUGGGCUUGGGGAAGAAGCCACUGCAGCACAUAUUCUAUCAGAUAUAACUCCCGGUUUCAAUGGCCCGAAGACUUCAUCUAACUAUUAUGGGUUUGUCACUGGUGGUGUCUUCCCGAUUGCAGAAGUCGCUGACAACAUCGUCACCGCCUUUGAUCAAAAUGUUCAAGUGCAUUUACCAGAUCAAAGCGUCAGCACUGCUGUCGAGGACAAGGCCUUGGGAAUGCUUGCAGAUCUGUUGGAUCUUGGAGAUGACUGGAAUGGGAGAACUUUCACUACCGGUGCUACCGGGGCAAACACUCUUGGACUGGCAUGUGGACGGGAAGCUAUAAUUUCUCGACGGCUCAAAAAGAAGGGAGAGAGCAGAGGCGUUGGAGAAUUGGGAUUACUUAUGGCCUGUAAUGAAGCUGGGAUUACAGAAAUCCAGGUCUUGACUUCCAUGGCUCAUAGCUCUAUAUACAAAUCUGCAAGUAUUGUUGGGCUUGGAAGAGCUUGUGUAAAGGAUAUUGGUACCAGUCCAUCCGAGCCAUGGAAAAUCGAUAUGCUUCUUUUAGAACAAGAGUUGGCCAAAGAGAAAGAUGGGGUGGCUAGCAUAGUUUCGUUGAGUGCUGGAGAGGUCAAUACUGGAAGAUUUGCAACUGAUGGAAGCCACGAGAUGCAAAAAGUCCGUGAACUUUGCGAUCGCUAUGGCGCCUGGCUACAUGUCGAUGGAGCCUUUGGAAUUUUUGCUCAGAGUCUUCCAGAUACUUCGGAAUUUGCCUCUAUAAGAAGCGUAUCCGCUGGUUUUCAGUUAGCAGAUUCGAUAACAGGAGAUGCUCAUAAAAUGCUUAAUGUGCCUUAUGAUUGUGGCUUUUUCUUCACAAGGUCGGUAUCAACACUGUCGUCUGUAUUUCAAAAUCCGAAUGCAGCAUAUCUCUCAUCUGGACCAUCGAGCAUUCCAUCGCCUCUGAAUAUUGGUCUUGAGAACUCACGUCGUUUCAGAGCCCUGCCAGUCUACGCCGUACUUUUGGCGUACGGUCGUGAAGGCUUGAGCCAGAUGUUUGCUCGUCAAGUCAGAUUAGCAAGGGGAAUUUCAAAGUUUUUGGAUGCACAUGUGGGAUACGAACUACUUGCGAAAGGCAAGUCGGAAAAUGAAAAUGCGAUUGAGAAUACUCAUAUCAUCGUUAUAUUCCGAGCGAAAGAUGACAGCACUAACAAUGAAUUGGUUAAGAGAAUCAAUGCAACAAGAAAAAUGUAUGUGUCAGGGACAAAAUGGGGGGAGAGACCAGCCUGCAGAUUCGCAAUCAGCACGUGGAAAGUCGAUGUGGAGAGGGAUCUACAGCUGAUCCAAAAUAUCCUAGAUGAUGUCCUCCAGGAUCAACAUUAA